AUGCCGCUUCUACUGCCCUUCGCGCUCCUCCUGCUUGGCUCACCGCCGCGACACCCUUCCACAACGCCGAGGAGGCUCUCCUCGGCGUUGCUCUGCUUUUAUUUAUUCUUCUCCUGCUUCUGUCCCUCGCCCGUUCCGGUUUGCUCUCGAACGCGGCGCGUCGGCACCGCGUUCUCGGCGACACCUGCACCCUCCACCUUCCACCUCGCGCUGCCCCACGCCGUCGAACGCAAACGUUCGGCGGCGCGUUCGUUCUCGGAGGUUCAAGGGCACCCGAGUCCCCUCGUCGUCGCACCGGCCACCGCGGUGGAACGGCCGCCACCUCGUGGUCCCCAAGGUCCCCAUCUGUUCGCGGAGGUCGAAGAGCGCGGUCCAGCCGCAUCGUUGUCGCUCCGGCCACCGCGGUGCAAUAGCAGCGCGCUGCACCCCCCCGCGGUCGCAGAGACCCCUCGCAGGCCCACCACCCCUCCCCGCCCAUUCCCCGCACCCUCUCCUGACCCUCCGCGAUGCGCGCAGGCCCACGGCGGCGAACGACGCCACCUGCGUCGCCACACUGGCUACCGCGGUGCGACGACGGCGCGAACCCCCCCAGCCCACGAUCUGCAUGGCUCCGCGAAGGCCCGGCCCACCUCUGCCCGUCGUCCCUGCACCCUCCCCGACACACGCAGGCCCACGGUGGCGAACGACGCCGCCCGCGUUGUCGUACCGGCCAUCAUGGUGCGACGACGGCGUGCAGCCCCGACCACGCGGUCCCCAAGGCCCCGCGAGGCUCCGCGCAGCCUCUCACCACCUCCCCGCACCAUCCCUCAACCCUCUUCGACGCGCGCUGGCCCACCACAGCGAACGACGGCACAGCAGUCAUCGCGCCGACCGCGGUGCCACAACGGCGCCCAGGUCCCUCCUGGCGGUCUCCAGCCACCGGCGAAAGCUGGCGUCACCUCCCAGCACCGUCACCCGACCUUCCUCGACCCGCGUUCGCCGUCUGCGGUGAAAGAUCGCGCCCUGAUCGUGACGCGGGCCAUCACGGUGCAACGACCGCGCCGAACUUCCUCCUCACGGUCUGCAGGCCCCGACGCUGGCCCGCGUCACCUUCCAGCACCGUCACCGAAUCCUCCUCAACUCGCGUUCGCCCGCUGUGGUGAACGACCGAGCCCCGGUCGUCACGCCAACCGCCGCAGUGCAAGGACUGCACUGACCUCCCUCCUCGCGGUCUCCAAUGCCCGACGCUGGCCCGCGUCACUUUCCAGCAUCCUCAGCGAAUCCUCCUCGACUCUCGUUCACCGUCUGCACCGAGCGACCGCGCCCCGGACCUCCCGUCGAACAUCGAGCGCCGGCCGGUAG